AUGCAUGUGAGUGACCAGCCCGAAACGGUAGCCUCAGUCAGAGGCAAUACCACAGUGUCCUCCGAUGACGAUGAGUGUGAGUUCUAUGAUGCAAGCUCAGUGCCAGUCAGUCGUAGGAGCAGUGGCUCGGGAGACCGGACCGCCCCUGCACCCGGCCCCAAACCCAACCCCAGGGGACAGGGCCGGGGUCCGGAAGUACGGCAGGUAGGUAAGACGGAUGAUACCGCACAUGAAGUAGGUAGGACAUCGGGACAGCUACAGCGCCUCCGGCCCCACCAGUCAAACGGAACGACAGACCACUCCGGUGAUACGUCAGAGCCGGCGAGUGAUACAUCCCAGCAGAGAGUGAGCGGCCCGAAAUCCCAACAGCAACGGACAGAAAACAGGACACCCCAUGCCAGCGAAUCGGGGGCCAGGGUGCAGCAUUCGAGUGCGGAGUGGGGGGAGAUAGAUGACGGGCGCAAAGAGGAUCGGAUCGGGGGCCGAUUAACGGCCAAGAAGAGCGCGGGCACUUUCGGGAGUGGCGAGUGGCAUCCGAGGCGGACACCUGGCCACAGCGCAGAUGUGGUACGUGCAUGUCGAGUGGUAGGUGCGUGUAGAUAG